ACCAAAUUAAAUGCUUCUGAAGAAAAGUGGAUCGCGAUUAUAUUUAAAAAUGUAUGAUCUGUACCGGAAUUAAUUGCUAUAAAGCUUAUAAAAUAAUAGUUUUCAUUAUUAUAAGCAUAAUUCGUUCAAUCAUUUAAUUAUUGUGACUAAUGUGGGCUAUAAUUGCUUUAGCAUUUGUUUGCACCGGCUUUAGCUCCUGAUGUUAUUUAAAACAAAAUAAAAAAUAUGUCGGACGCUUGGGAAGAGAUCCAAGCUGUUAAAAGCAAAAGGAACAGUUUGCGUGAGAAGCUUGAGAAACGUAAAAAGGAAAGACAGAAUAUCUUGAGUGCUAAUUUGGGCAGUGGAGAAAGGUCUGAGGGUUCACCUGGCGGUGGAAAGGAGAGGUUGGCAGCAAGUCCAUCCACGGGAAAACAUGACGUUACUCCGGACAAGCCAAAAGUGGUAGUACCAUCUGCAUCGCUGGAAGUGCAGCUUCUACAAGUGCUGUCGGACAUGCAGCUACAAUUGCCUGCUACUGCCAGUGCCCUGUUACCUGGUCUAGGUGAUGUAGACGCUGGUAUUGUGGCCAGUCUGCUACAGAAGUUUGCCACACAGAAACUCAUUACUAUAAAGGAAAGAACAGAGAGCACAACCGAUGCAAGCAUAGAGGUUGUAAGCGCAGAGUCUGUAAGACUGGCUGCGGUACUGGCAGCAUUAAUGGAGGAGCAGAGCAAUGGCAAUAAGAGAAAAGGUGACAAUAAAACAGAAGAAGCAAGUAAUCCUAAAAUAUCGAAAACAACGACAGACGAGAAGAAAACGGGGAAAAAUGACACAGACAUUAUGUCACUACUAGCAAUGCCUUCAAGCAGAGAGAAGGCAGUGAAGCGGGUUGGAGAAGAGAUCAUGGACCUGCUCAGCAAGCCCACAGCCAAGGAAAAGUCUCUCGCUGACAAGUUCAAGAGCCAAGGAGGUGCUCAAGUAAUGGAAUUCUGUCCUCACGGUACUCGAGCGGAAUGUAUGCGAGCGUUUACCACAACUAAGUCUGAAGAGGGAGAGGAUAGUACAUACUCGUGCAAGAAGCUGCACUUCAAGAAGAUCAUACAGGGACACACGGAUGAGUCCCUUGGAGACUGCUCCUUCCUCAAUACGUGUUUUCAUAUGGAUAGUUGCAAAUACGUACACUAUGAAGUGGAUAAUUCUGACCCCAAUGCUAACGCGCCGAAACCUCCAGAGACUGCACCUAAAGGGACACAUAAUGGUGCAAGUGUGGUUAGCAAACCAGACGGUGUUUUAACACUGACGCCGCCGCAGUGGAUACAGUGCGACCUCAGAUACCUAGAUAUGACUUUCUUAGGUAAGUUCGCGGUGAUAAUGGCUGACCCGCCAUGGGAUAUCCACAUGGAGUUACCGUACGGCACUAUGUCGGACGACGAGAUGCGAUGUCUGGGCGUGCCGCAACUACAGGACAGCGGACUUAUAUUCCUAUGGGUCACCGGCAGAAAUGUGUUGAGGUUGCAUAGCACUAGUGAAAAGCUCUUUGGUACAUUGCUAGGCAACUAA